UGAAUAAAAAAAAUACAGUUAUUUUGACAGAGAUGAGGGAGUGAUGAAUAAAAUUAACAGACAAUUAUCAAAAAAUUAAAAACAAAAAUUAAUGGAAAUAGACAGCAAAUUCCCAGUUGGGCUCAAUUGAUUAGUUUGAAAACCAUAAGGACUUAAUUGAUGAAACCAAAUAGAAAAAAGAAAUUGCAAAAUUCCGAUGCGUUCUUUGAUCAUGAACUUUCCCAAUCCUGACAGUUUUCUCUGCUGCCAAGCAGACGCCUUUUGUUGGAGACCUGAAACUCUUCCGCACAACAUUAAUCUCAGUUUUCCAUCGCUGCAAUGUCGCAAGGAAAAAUUUGAUGCCUAUAUCCAAUUCAUAGAUCAUCAAAGUUAAUUCUUAAUCAGACAAAGAGCAGACAAAUGUUCUCUUCUCUAGAAUCACAUUUGGGCUAAAAUUGUAGCAAAGAUAAUUUGCAACCAGUACACUGCUGCAUUUCACAUAUGGCAGGCACAACCUGAACUGGCACCAUUCAGUACUUGGUAGUGGAUGUGAAGGUUUAUUUAGUAUGAAUAUGUAAGUUUUGAAUUCCUUUCUUGUUAUUACAUGUCUUAUCUUUUCCUGUAUGGGAUAAAUCUGGUACUGCAUUGGCAGUUCUUACUAACAUUUUUGUAAUUCCCUUCAUUACACUCUUGAGAACUCAUUUAGCUGUUGUUUGAAAGUUUCUCAGAGGAACUUGUACAUAAAAGGUUAGGUCAAUCUGGUACUGUCAAGAAAAAUGUGGAUAAUGCAUUUCUUUUGGUAAUAAAGACUAUACACUGUG